AUGCGUUUGCAGGACCUUGUAUCCUGCAGCAGGCCAUCGCCCCCCACCUGGGAGAGAUCGCUGUCAACCACACCAUCCCCGACACCGACAGCCCACUGCGCCUGGGUAUCGUCAUCACAGACAGGGAUCAGAAAACGAUCAUUCUCGUCGACGAGCAUGCGGGAAGAGGCACUAUCUGUGGUGAGUGAGGACCAGUCCAUAUUCGACCCCCCCUAUGGCCCUCCCCACCUCAUGAAGACAGAGGUGCCCCCUGCCGAGGACUACAACGGCAAGGAGAGGCCGGCGCUGGGGGAGCCGGACUGGUCCAGUCAGACCAGCAGGGGGCACUCUGUGAAGAGGGAGAAUGAGAAUGUCAACUGCUCCAGACCGUCCUCUGUGGACUGCAGUGUAUCCAGACGCAGCAAAUCUGGGAGCGACCCACACCCCAUCCCCUACCCAGUCAGCUACAGCGACCAGCGUAUCAGCCCCCCAGCCAACCCCCCCAGUGAGGAGAAGAGGGUUAUCGUCCCAGCAGACCCUGGUGUGUGGACCCAGGACCACGUGCGCCAGUGGCUGGACUGGGCGGUGAAGGAGUAUGGGCUGGAGGAGGUGGACGUGGGCCUGUUCCAGCAUGUGGACGGCAAGGAGCUGUGCAAGAUGGGCAAGGAGGAUUUCCUGCGCCUCACCUCGCCCUACAACGCCGACGUGCUGCUAUCCCACCUGGCCUACCUGCGGCAGAGCAGCCCGACCUUCACCUACCCAGCUGCCCCAGCUGUGACGCCCCAGCCCCCUGCACCCCCACCACGUGUGCAAGUGAAAACAGAGUCCCCCUACGAGGAAAUCAGGCGAAGCAGCUGGAGCGGCUCCCUCAGCGGAGGCCCCAAAGGGUCCCCCCCCCAGAUCCAGGGGGUGAAUCGGACGAGUGACUCCCCACGGAUCGUAACAGGCAGCGGCCAGAUCCAGCUGUGGCAGUUCCUGCUGGAGCUGCUGUCGGACAGCAGCAACGCCGGGUGCAUCACGUGGGAGGGCACCAAUGGGGAGUUCAAGAUGACGGACCCGGAUGAGGUCGCACGGCGCUGGGGCGAGCGCAAGAGCAAGCCCAACAUGAACUACGACAAGCUGAGCCGGGCCCUGCGCUAUUACUACGACAAGAGCAUCAUGACCAAGGUGCACGGGAAACGUUACGCCUACAAGUUCGACUUCCAGGGCAUCAGCCAGGCCCAGCAGAACCACCCGGGCGAGGGGCCCCUCUACAAGUACCACCCGGCCGACCUGUCCUACCUGCCUUCCUAUCACCAGCAGAAGGUGGGCUUCGGCCUCAGCCACGCCGCCCAGCUGCCCGUCUCCUCCGCCGGCUUCUUCGGGGCCCCCGCGCCCUACUGGAACGCCGGCUCUGGGAACCUCUACCAGAGCUCGCCCGCACCGGUACCCACAGCAGCACAAGGGGGCACUGGAGAGUCCACGGAGGAAUCUGCCCUGGGUUAUCAUACAAGACAGACGAAAGGGGGGUACGGUGGCUGGCCACCCAGCACCAUGGCCCCCGCCUGCCCUGGGGGCUGAGUCUGUCUGGUGUCGGCUG